AUGUCUGAGAGUGAAAAGGGAAGGGUCACUGGAAUAAAUUAUUUAAAGGUUUUGAUUUUUACCUUGGUUGGUCUGAUUGCUUUCCAAAGUUGUUCAUAUUUAACAUCUAAUAAAGACAACAAGCAGUUGUUCUCAUUUCUAUCAGGACAGGAACAAAAUCCAAAGGAACCAAUAAAUUAUCAAUUUAACGACGGUAUAAUGAGCAAGAGUAUAUCAGUGAGGUCAGUUCUAAAGAACUUUAUUGCUAUCGAACAAGAAGAAGGUGUUGGCGCUCGAGUUAGAAGAUCUAUCGGUACCAUGAAAAUGAGAAGGUUUCCACCUUUUUUGAUGCUGGAUGAUUUCUUUGUCAAGCCGCCCGCAGGUUUUCCUGAUCAUCCUCAUCAUGGUCAAGAAACCAUUACUUACAAUCUUAAAGGUAUGAUUGCUCACGAAGAUUUUACAGGUUCCAAGGGGGUUUUAUUCCCAGGCGAUUUACAAUUCAUGACUGCUGGUAAAGGUAUUGUUCAUUCCGAAAUUCCAGUUAGUUUGGAAGACGGUAGUGCCAGUAACGGUUUACAAUUAUGGGUUGAUUUGCCAGCAGAAUUGAAAAAUUGUGAACCUCGUUACAGAGAUUUAAGAAAGAAGCAAACUCCAGAGGUCAAAGUUAACGACAAUUUGACAGUUCGUGUUAUCAGCGGUAAAUCUUACGGUGUGGACUCUGUACAGGAGUUAGCUUACACUCCAGUGCAUUUCUACCAUUUCAUUACCAGCAAAAAAGGUACUGAAUUUGCUCAAGAAUUCCCUAAGGACUUUAACGUUUUUUUCUACAUAUUGAAGGGUUCUCUGGCUGUUAAUGACCAAGUCUUCCCAGAGCAUAGCGCAGUAUUUUUUGACACUGAUGGUGAAGGUGUCGCUGGUACCUCUGUUUCUGAUGAUGCAGAGUUCGUUUUAAUCGGUGGUAAAAUCUUAGACCAAGAAGUGCUUCAACAUGGUCCAUUUGUUGAAACAAGCAGAGAACGUAUGAUUGACGUUUUUAGAAACUAUCAAUACGGUAUGAAUGGGUUCGAAAAUGCUCACUCUUGGGACUCUAAGAUCGCUGGUGGUAUCUCAGAAGCAGAAGCCAGGAAAUUAUACAAGGAAUGA